AUGGGUGAUGCUCCUGCUGGUGAUGGCGGCCGCGGCCGCGGCGGUUUCGGCCGCGACGGCCGCGGGCGCGGCCGCGACGGCCGCGGGCGCGGCCGCGGGCGCGGGCGCGGGCGCGGCGACGACGCCAAGGAGGAGUGGGUGCCCGUGACCAAGCUCGGGCGCCUCGUCAAGGAGGGCAAGAUCAAGUCCCUCGAGGAGAUCUUCCUCUACUCCAUGCCCAUCAAGGAGUACCAGAUCGUCGACUACUUCUUCCCGCCCACGGCCGGCAAGCUCAAGGACGAGGUCAUGAACAUCAAGCCCGUGCAGAAGCAGUCGUCCGCGGGCCAGCGCACGCGCUUCAAGGCCUACGUCGCCGUCGGCGACUUCGAAGGCCACAUCGGCCUCGGCAAGAAGUGCUCCAGCGAGGUCGCCACGGCCAUCCGCGGCGCGCUCAUCAUGGCGAAGAUGAACCUCAUCCCGAUCCGCCGCGGCUACUGGGGCAAGAACUCGGGCGCGCCCCACACCAUCCCCAUGAAGCUCUCGGGCUCCUCGGGCUCCGUGUCCGUGCGCCUCAUCCCCGCGCCCCGCGGCACGGGCAUCGUCGCCGCGCCCGCGUCCAAGAAGAUCCUCGCGAUGGCGGGCCUCGAGGACUGCUACUCGACGACGCGCGGCCACUCGCGCACGACGGGCAACUUCAUCACCGCCGUCUUCAACGCCAUCGCCGCGUCCUACGGCUACCUCUCGCCCGAGCUCUGGAAGCCCACGGUCUUCUCGAAGAACCCCUUCCAGGAGCACACGGACUUCCUCUCCAAGGACGCCGUCGUCGACGCCAAGGAGGCCGCCUACUAG